GACCCUUCAGUCUGCAGGCCAACACUCUAUCCACGGGGCCAAACCAGCCAGGGCUGGGUGGAAGCCAUCUUGUUCAUACCCGCAGAGAAGCAAUUCUCAGCCCUGACAGAAGUGCUUUUUCACUUCCUAACUGAGCCAAAAGAGGUGGAAAGGUUUCUGGCUCAACUCUCUGAAUUUGCCACCAUCAAUCAGAUCAGUCUUGGCCCCCUCAGAAGCAUCGUGAAAAGCUUCCUUCUGGUUCCAAAUGGUGCCUUGAAGAAGGGUCUCACAGCUGAGCAGGUCCGAGCUGAUUUCAUAACUCUGGGUCUUAGUGAAGAGAAAGCCACUUACUUUUCUGAAAAGUGGAAGCAGAAUGCCCCCACCCUUGCUCGAUGGGCCAUAGGUCAGACUCUGAUGAUUAACCAGCUUAUAGAUAUGGAGUGGAAAUUUGGAGUGACUUCUGGCAGCAGUGAACUGGAAAAAGUGGGAAGUAUUUUUUUACAAUUAAAGUUGGUGCUUAAGAAAGGAAAUCAAACUGAAAAUUUAUAUAUAGAGUUAACCUUGCCUCAGUUCUACAGCUUCCUGCAUGAGAUGGAGCGAGUCAGAACCAGCAUGGAGUGUUUCAGCUGAUUUCUGUCCCCCUGCAUCUCCACCUUUGCCCUCCCCUGCUGCCUCCGCUUCUGUGGGUGACUGCUCUGAGAAGCACCUCACUCAGGCCAGUGCAGCACUGAUUUGGCCCUCCUUGCUUCUUGGGAGCCCAGGUGCAAAGGUUCUGAAAAACAACAGGAUUAAGUACUUAAAGAGCCCUACACAAUUACUCUGUAAACUCUUUGUUAAGGUAACCUCCACCACCUAUCACCCAGGACACUUAUUUGAUAUUCAAACAGGCUAGUAUCUGAGAUUCAGGGAGGAAAUAAGUGAGUUCCCUCCCCAUCAAAGUUCCAGAGUAAACAAAAGGUGCCAUCACUGAAGAUCCAGGCUGAUCAUCGUGUAUUUCUGUUCUUUGUCCCUAAAAAAGCAAGGGCUUGUUUAUGGCUGGGGAAGAGGCUGGAUUCUGUGAAUGACACAUUAGGAAUCCCCAACAAGAUUUCUACACUGUGGUUUUGGUGAUGGUGCACUGCUAAUCAGUUUUUUGGUGUGUUUUUUCUUCAUUGCUGGAAGUAUUACAUCUGUUGCUAAUCAGUUUUUAAUAGGGCAACUAUGUACUUAUACAUGUUUGGCCUACUCUGAAAAGAACGGAGGCAAGACUAUCUUCAUUUCUGGUUUUCCCUAUUGAGACUGUUACAGCUUGUUUUGGUUCAAGCUGACCACCUUUGUUGGUUAGAUGAUUAAUAAAAAGGUUCCAAAGAAAA